AUGGAGCAACAGGAGGCCAUCCAGCCCCUAAUAGAACGGAUUCUUAUGAACCCGCUACAGUUUCACGAAGCCACCCGGAAAGAUGGAGUAGAAUCGAAACCUGGUUCGUGUAUAGUGAUCGGCAGCGGGCACGUGCCCGCCCUGGGAUCCGGCGGCGAUGAGCACCAGAUCGGCACUGGAGGCAUGCGGUUGGCCAGUACGGUUGGAGCUGAGGGCGAGCCGGCUAGCAGUAAGCAGCGCAAGACAGUGCGGACCCCCCGGAGUUUCUCCGAAGCGCUGAAGAUGUAUACGGCGCGGAAGCCCGCGCCAGACGCAGAUCUAAGCGAUGACAAAUUUGCGGGGUCCACGGACGAGCGAGCUGGUCAUGAAUCCGGCGAAGAAUCCAGCAGGGAAUCCAGUUCGGGUUCAGAAGCGUACCAGGAGGCGCGCGAGUUCACAGAGGACGAUGCGGAGAUUUCGGCGCAGAGACCUUCUGCAGCUGUCACGGCUGGGGAAGAUCUAGGUGAGGAACUGGGCGAGGAAGUAGGAGAAGAGCUAGAAAGCGAGGCGGACGACAGGGGCAACUCUUUGUCGGCGGAUACGCCGGUUCCGACAUCUGUUGACGACGCAAGCGACGCUAGCGAUAAUGCCGACGCGGAUUACGAGCUGGAAAUUGACCAAGAGGUGUCUGAGGACGACGACAAAGGUAUCAGCGACGCAGAGCGCGCGGGACUCCUGUCCGAAGCGCAAGAAUACGCCAAAGCCAAUGAAGACGCCGGUAAAGAGCAACCUGAACCUGGUGCCGCCUGCGACGGCGACGACGACGGCGACGAGCUCAAGCACAAGCAACCACAGCCCAAAUGCGUGUCACCAACGCCUCCUACCACGCUCCCAGACGCUCAGCAGUUUUAUCUAUUCAACGAAGAACCAAACGACCGGGGCUCGAAUAGCUCCACCUGCCUCAUGAAAAACUGGGGUCCAAAGCUAACCGCUCUGAAGCCGCGAGGGCUGCUGAACCACGGCGUUACGUGUUACACGAACGCUGCCGUCCAAGCGAUGCUACACAUCCCCGCUAUACAGCACUAUCUUUUUGCCGUCCUGCGCGGGCAGUACAAACAGACGAUAUCUCAAAACUCGGUCACAAAUGUCUUGGCAGAGACCAGCAAACGCAUGUGGUCUCCAGAUGGCUCCAAGAACACCUUUGUCAAUCCCAAAAAGCUCAUUGGCAAACUCGACGAUAUCAACUGCAUGAUGAGUGAGUGGCAGCAAGAAGAUUCUCAUGAAUAUUUUAUGUCCCUAAUGUCCCGUCUCCAAGAGGAUGGUGUCCCCCGCGGUCAUAAGAUGACCGAAAGCAUAAUCUAUGAUAUUUUCGGAGGUAUGCUUUGCCAAGAAGUCACUUGCAAAUCUUGCGGCAAGAUCUCAAGAACGGAACAGCCGUUUUACGAUCUUUCUUUGCAUUUAAAGGGCAAGAAGCCACCAUCAAAUAGUGAAGCUAUUGGUGAAAAUUCAGACGACCGACCAUCCAGACGCUUCUCGAUCGAAAAGUCCAUAAGAGAUUUUUUCAACGUAGAGCUAAUAAAGGCAGACAAGGAAGGUAAGAAUGGUUAUUUCUGUGAAAGCUGCUCUCAGACUGGCAAUGCUCUGAAACACAACUCGAUUCUUCGUGCCCCAGAAACGUUACUGGUUCACCUGAAAAAAUUCAGGUUCAAUGGAACGUCGUCCUCUAAGCUAAAACAGGCGGUGUCAUAUCCGAUGUUUCUCGAUUUGACCGAGUUUUGCGAAAAUCAAGAGGAUACCCUGGCCGUGAAAUAUCAGUUGAUCAGCGUUGUGGUUCACGAGGGUCGCUCCUUGUCCUCGGGUCACUACAUUGCUCAUUGUAAGCAGCCUGAUGGUUCGUGGUCGACUUACGACGAUGAAUACAUCAACAAAAUAACUGAUAGGCAAAUGUUGAAGGAGCCGAACGCAUACUACCUUAUUUAUACCCGAUUGACACCAAAAUCAGUAAAAUGGUCGAAAGAGGUAGAAACCACCCCAUUGCAGGCGUCAAAAGCCAACGAAUCUUUGUUCGAUGGCAUUAGUGAGAGCAGCAGGUCCGCUUCAAAGAAGAAAAAGAAGAACCACAAUAGAAAGAAACGGCGCCUUAACAAAUAG